CCCGGCACUAGAUGCCAGAUAUAUUUUGUAUUAUCAUUAAUUUUAGUUCAUUUGUAAUAGAAAGGGAAAGAACAGUCACAGGAUGAUGAACCGGAAGUUGAAUGAGAUCAGACUCACGAGUGUGCGGUAUCCGGUAGUCAGCCAUUUUAUGAUGCAUCGGUUAGAGAUUUACGCACGUACACCAGUGACCAUAUAUGGGCAAGUGUUGAAACGGCAAGAGACGAACGCCAAUGGGAAAAGAAUAUUCUAGGGCGUUUCCACGCGUGGAUAGUACUCGAGCGUCGCAUAGAGACUUAUAAAAGCCCCAGACGCGAGUGCAGAGGGGGCUAAGCUAGAGGGCUUUGGGCGUAGUUGUUGCUACCGAACUCUGUGACAGUGCCGACCAUGAAGGGACCAUCCAGCGUCGCCACUCUGUAUCUACUAUGCUGUUCAUACACGAGCAGUAGCAGCAACAGCAGUAGCGGUAGCGAGGGCCCGGAACGGCGACCGCGGUCGCACCCCGCCGCCGCCCCUGUAGCCGCCCCAGUCGCCGUCGCCUCCGCAGUGGUCGGAACCGAGUCUCUGGGAGAGUGGAACGAUCUGAUGGCCACUUUCGCGCCUCAACCAGUUCAUUUCGCGACAGAAAACUCGAGCACCAUAACCGCACAGACCGGUAGCAAAGCCCUCAUCCCAUGCGUCGUGAACAACAUUGGCGACGGCAUGGUGUCGUGGAUACGACGUAAGGACUAUCACUUGCUGACAGUCGGUCUGACGACCUACACCGGGGACGAACGAUACCAGGCGAUCCACGCGCAACAUUCAGAGGACUGGACGUUACAGAUCAAGUUCGUUCAGCAGAGGGACGCCGGCCUCUACGAGUGCCAGGUAUCGUCGCAUCCACCUACCAGCAUUUUCAUCGAACUUAAGGUGGUUGAGGCCAGAGCGGAGAUUUCCGGGCCGGCAGAAAAAUACCUGAAGCUGGGUAGCACGCUGCGUCUGGUGUGCACUCUGGUGUCCAGCACAGAACCUCCCGUAUACGUGUUCUGGUAUCACAACAACCGCAUGAUCAACUACGACGGGGACCGUGGGGUGAACGUGACCAAGGACCUCCCCUCCCAAACCAGCACCUUGCUCAUAAACAGCGCUUCACCCGAACAUUCGGGUAACUACUCCUGUGUACCCAGCAACGCCCAGCCCGCCAGCACGUACGUCCACAUAUUAAACGGCGAGAAUCCUGCGGCCAUGCAGCACGGAGGACGAGGCCUGUCCUGGUUACACAGUCCGUCCGCAUGGCUGCUCCUGGCAUGUGUCGUGGUCUCUGUUUUAUCGGGACGUCUAACCUUCACGGCAACAGCGACGCCAUCUAACGAGACAGUGAACAUUGUUGAUUGCUCGCCAUAGCGACUCCACGCUGCCUUGCAGUGAGUGCCAGCGAGGGAGCUGAGCCUUUUGCCAACAAAGUGGACCGUGAAUUGAAACUAAAGUGAAAAUGUCAACAGUAUUUGGAUCCAAUUUGUUGUGCAGUAACUCGUUCUUGUUGUUUCCUUAUAAAUAAACAAAAGGUUGUAGUAUAUGUCAUGGCCAGAACUAACAGUGAACUUUACAACGAAACUGAUUGCCUGUCAUGCGAACAUGGCACGGACAAACAUGUCGGCUGCAUGUGAAAAUGGAUCUCAUUCCAUUAAUCAUAUUGGUUUAAUAAUUCCAUAUUAAAUACCUCUAAUUGAAGUACUGUGCAGGUUUACCGUGAUAAUAUAUCAACACUCAUUCCGGAAAACAUUCACUACGAAUAUAGUGAAGUUAGAACUUUAAAGAAGUUGCUGGAGGCUACAUGCCUAUAAGUGCGUAAACAUAUAAGAGUGACAGAGAAGGAAAAUAGAAGCGAAUGGGACUCAUAUCAACAAAACAAUCAGUAUAGAUGUCUAUCUGAAGAUACGUGAGUGUGGUUAUUUGAAGCCAGUAAAAUUAUGUUAGGCAUUUCUCGUAGUCUUUUGUACAUUUAAUGGUUCUAACAUUUUCAAAUUUGUUUAUAUCUUUAGCUUUAGUGCCUGGUUAAUGGUGCGAUAUAUUUUAUUUGUUAAUUUAUUUUGUUUUAUAUUGUAUCAACGACUGGUAAUGGUUCAGAAUCUUCCGAUUUCGAAAAUAACUUGUUAACUAUCCGACUACUCUAGUAUCAGCGAAUAAAUUUAACAAGCAUAAAGCAAGAGCAAAUAAGGUUUUAAUUACUCGUACGUAGACAAUUAAUGACGAGAGGAGAAGAACCAUUUGGAAAUAAUGUGAUGUAGGAGCUCAAGUUGUUUUCGCCCUCAAAUAUUUUCAAGACAGAACCUUGCAACUACAUAAUGUAGCUUGUGGGAAUUUAAGAUUUUGUGAAGAAAUUAUGAACUUUGUCACUUUAUAAAAUCCGGUUAUAUAAAUCUUUUGUUAUGGAGCAAAUAUACUGUCGCACGACGCAAAUGAGAUGAUUAAUAUACGAAAUGACUGAUUUAAACAUUCGUAUCAAGUACCUGUGAAAAUUUGAAUUUCUUUUAUGCCGGUAAUUAAAAUGUAGCAUUUAAAAAGGAAUCGGCUUGUAUGGCUAAUCUAAUUUAAUAUGACUAAUUAAUUUAAAAUGAUAGAAGAAAUUUAGCAAGCUCAGAAGAGUAUUUUAUUUUAAAUGGAAUUUGCAGUGUUGUUGCCACUUUUUAUUACAUUCCUGAAAGAGUGUGUCUCCAGCGUGGAUUACACACGCAGAGCAUGCUAUCGGAACUCUUUCUCAGACGUGACUUUACCUAUAUCCUAGUACAUAACUGUACCCAGACUGAACAUAUGUUACUAACAUUAAGUGCAGACUGUAUCUCUGUGGGAUUAGUAUUUAACCACGCAAAGGCUGGUUUUUUUUUCUGUUACAGACUAGUAAAGGUGGUGUGAAGUACAGUUUCAUGUAACACCAGGAUUGAAUUUAAUCUCCUGAACAGUUUCUUAACUGUGCAUAAACCGAGAAAUUGCCUUCAAGAAGGCACUAACGACUGAUAUUCGCUGAAGUUCUGAAAUGCGAAAAAUAUUAUGAAAAUAGCCUAGGCCGAAGUCAGAACACGUUUCAGGAUUAAACUCUUUUAAGAUUUGAGUGAUAUUUAAUAUUCAAUUAUCACGCUCAAAGUGUAAAUACCAGAACAUAAACUGCGUUGCAAGAUGCAUUUUUAUAAAUCAUGUCUAGAGUGUAAUUUAUAUAUAAUGUAUGAGUUUAUGAAAGGGGAGACUGUUGUGGAUACAAGCAUGAUCUAGUAUAAUGAGACAACCGGUAUGGUCAUGUGCUUUUUUUCUCAUUAACUCCACUGUAUCCAUCCUCGACCUCUUCACACUAAGGUAUCCUUUUUAAAAUAUCAAGGUUCAUGCUUCUUGUGGUGAUUUAUAUGUCAAAGUGAUCUCAAACUAAGAAUUGUUAUAAGGAAACAACUCUGAUAGGCUUUCCAAAUAAGUUCCAAAGUUAAUUCCUGCUAAAGUGAAGAACAGUUAAUUCCAUACAUUAUGUAAACUGUGGGUACGUCUAGACCUUCAACGAAUUCACUAAACGGAAAUGAAAGUAAUGUAUUUGACAUUCAACUUUAAUCCUUAAUAAUGUAAAACCAAUUACUUUCCUAUAUUAAAUGUCUGAGUGAUAUAAUCGAUGUUUAUUCGGAUAAACCGCGAUAUUUUUUAUGAUUUAAGGCACAUUUUUAAAUAUUAUUACUGUACGUAAAGAAAGGUUUGACAAAUUUGUUAUCUGAAUUACAUUAAUCAGAUAAGGGGUUAGAAUUAUUGAAUAGAAUUUUUCGACACGUUUCUUUCCUCCGCGUAGAAGAUUACAAGUCACCUUUGAAGGCCGCUUUAACGUAUCAAUGGAACAAAACACAAAUCAGUUUUCUGCAGAAAACCUUUCAAAAUUUGUAUCUAUAUUUCGAAUGAAGUUUUAUAAAUAUUGCAGCAUAAGCCGAUACUAGGAAAAUGAGGUUAACAAGUAUCAGAUCAACAUGAAAUCGAAGUAUUUGAAACUUAAAAAUAUUUUCAGGAAAUAUUUUAGUCGAGUGAAUUCACGAACGGAGCAGUCGGAAUUAUGUUUUAUAUUUAAACUUAGUUACUUUAAAAAUAAAAUACUUAUGAGAAUUGUUGCUCACUGGCGUACAUCAUUAUGAAUCACAAAUUUCGUGAAUUAUAUACACUCACAUGAAACCUGAAGCCUAGUAUUAUUAUGUUUUUGUAGCUGAACGUUCAUUUCUUUGCAAGGGAUAGAAUGUUCUAGUCUAUAUUUGCUCAUAGAAAUAAUUAAAUUAAUCAAAUUAAUUCUUCUCUAUAUGUAUGAUGAACUGGAAUGAUAUAAUACUCUCCUAGUUAAAUUCAUAUCGUUUUGGAUAGGCAAUUGAGUUAAUAUUGUGCACAUGGAAUCCAUGCUACCGUGCCAUGUGUCCUCGUGCUUCAUGAUCACAAAACUUAAUGUUCUCCACGAAUUUUUAUACGAAUCUGAUGGAAGUUUAUGUUGUAAAAUUAACCACUUAUUCAAUUUAAUCAAAUAUAUGAUAUCACGUUUUUUCUAGUGCAAUAAUUACAAGCCAUUAUUAAUAAUUUGCUUCGUUAUGCAGAACACAAAACUAUACUUGCAACCGGAAAUCAUUUGCUCAGCUAACAAUUCAGCAUCCAUUUUUCCCACGCUGUAGCAGCUUAUACUCAACAACAAACCCUCCAGCUCUCAGCAACAGAAUACACGUAUGAAAUUCAUGAUAAUAAUAAUAUGCUUUAACGCGGUUACUUAGUGCAAGAUGCUGUCCACAAAACACGUUUUCUGGAAGACUAGAAAAAUUAAAAUUUUUCAUAACAUAUAAUGUUAUGAAUAAAAAUAUACGGUAGAUAACAUGGUUGACCGUGAACUGGUCUCCAGGGUUAGACUCACGGAAAUUUGUCUCCUUUUCUUCAUCACUUCCAGACACAUUUUAUAAUCACCCAGCUCCUGCUCAUUGGGUACCAAUGCAGAUAAAUUGGCCGAAGCUCGAACUUGACCACUGAUCUACAUUUUUUGAGUAGGCCCUAUAAUAUGUGGAGUUCUGCUUCCACGUCCCUCUUAGACUCCUUACUGCAUAGACACAACAGCUAGUUAAUUCUGUGCCCUUGCCGCAAGACACAAAUGUGCAGCUCUUAAAAUAUUAUGCCUAAUGUUGACAAGUUACCUUCUCCAAGAUAUAUUCUUCGCACGACAAGGAAUAUAUCACAGAAUUUUUGUAAGCUAUGUUUUAUUAGAGAGAACAGUUCCGCCAUUACGGACUAGAGGAAAUGAGCCCGAUGGCUCGACCUCCACCCGUCUAGACGGGCUUUACCCAAAGCCAUCAUGGUCCGAAAGUAGCCAGAGCGUCGACCUUACCAGUCAGGUAUAUCGCCAGCCAAAAUCCGGGAAAAAUUUACAUUAGUAAGAUUUGAGGUUUUUCACGGCGGUGACUAUAAAGGAAGCAGUCUCCUGGGAUGUGGCACCG